AUGAAUCCCAUUUCAAGCCUCGCCUUUGUGCUUCUUUUGACUGUCUUUCCAACCCAAAUUCUUUGCCAGACGCCCUUGAUUGAACAAGCUUGUGGUUACACCAUUUACAAGGUUCAGUGCCUAGAAACUCUUCUAGCGGACCCUGGUUCCAAAAAAGCUACAACUCUCAAGGAGAUAGCCGUAAUUUCAUCAAGUCAUACAGAGAAUAAAGCUAACGAAAUAUAUACCCAAUUCACCAAUCUGAAAAAUUCAACAGCGGAGGGGGACUUGAAGCAAGCCCUAAGCAGAUGCUCUGAAUACUAUUUAUCUGUAGGUGACAUACUUUUUUCUGCGAACUUUUCCUUGAAAUAUAGCAACUAUAAACGUGUUAAAGAAGAGAUGACAAAGGCCACGGUCGAUAGAGAAAUGUGUGACCAAGCUUUCGAGGGUAAACCCUUCAAGUCUCCAUUAUCUGAAGCGACUACCAAACUUAGCCAGAUGCAGAACAAUGCAGAAUCCAUUAUCAAUCAGCUUAAGCCUUGA